AUGCUUUCGAGGUGGCAGCCCCAUGCGCAACUAUCGUGGAGCAAACACCCGAUACAACUGGCCCACCAUGCGUCCCUUAUAGUCAACCAGCUCUGCACCAAGGCCCGAGGGCUCGGCCUCGAGGUCGACCCGAACAAGACGCAGGUCUUCUACAUCCCCCCCCCCCGGCCGGGCGGUACCGGAGCGAGGCGUGGCAAGAUCGACCCCACAACGAUUUUGACCCAGAUGGAGAGGACAUCCUUCCUCCCUGGUAAGUCCGUCAAGUGGCUUGGAGUCUCCCUGGACCCCAAGCUCAGCCCUGUGACCCAAGCAGCCUUGAGGGCGGCGGCGACAGCAUCGGUGGUGGGGUUGAUCAAGCGCUUAUCCAACACGAGGCUUCGGGGCUUUCCCCCCUCGGCCGGCCCCAAGAUCUUCGACACGGUCGUCAUCCCUUCCCUCCUGUAUGGCAUGGUCCAACUCGACACCGGCCAAACUAGGCCCGGGGUUAACGGCUGCUUAGUCCCAUCUAGACUUACGCCGGUGUGA